AUGUUUCUAUCGAGCAUUUUUAUGUUAAGUCUAACAAUAAGCGCCAACAUUUUCACAAGCUUUAUCAACGCCAAUGAACUUAAAACGUACAUUGUCCACUUAACGCCACCAGAAGGACAAGAGUUUACUCAGCCACAUGAGCUUGAAAGAUGGUAUGAUUCUUUUCUGUCAAAAGCCGCAUACAACUCCAAAGAUGACAAACCGAUGAUGGUUUAUGCCUACCACCAUGUGAUUAUAGGAUUUGCUGCUCAAAUGUCAAAAGAGCAAGCAAAGCACAUGGAGAUAAUGAGCGGAGUUUUAUCUGUAAUGCCUGAUAGUGUCUAUCAGCUGCAUACAACCCAUUCACCUCAAUUUUUGGGUUUGGACCAGAAAUCAAGUUUUUGGAAAGAUUCAAACUAUGGGAAGGGAACCAUAAUUGGGGUUCUAGACACUGGAAUCACUCCUGACCACCCUUCGUUUGAUGACAAAGGUGUCUCCCCUGCACCAGAAAGAUGGAAAGGAAAAUGCGAAGAAGCGGGGUGUAAUAACAAAGUUAUUGGAAUGAAAAACUUUAUUAAAGGGAGUUCUCCAAUUGACGAGAACGGCCAUGGGACUCACACUUCAGGUACUGCUGCGGGAAAUUUUGUAGAUAACGUGGAUAUACAUGGAAAUGCCAAUGGUACUGCAUCGGGGACAGCCCCAUUUGCACACUUGGCCCAUUACAAAGUAUGUGACCAACGUUCUUGUGAUCUAGCCGGCCUCUAUGCCGGUAUGGAUGCUGCUAUAGGAGAUGGCGUUGAUGUGCUUUCACUCUCACUUGGACAAGGUUCUUUAAAGUUUUAUCAAGAUCCUUUGGCAAUAGGUACAUUCUCUGCCAUUCAGAAAGGGAUCUUUGUAAGUUGUUCAGCAGGUAACGAUGGGCCAGCUAAGUCUAAACUCUCAAAUGAGUACCCAUGGGCCCUUACCGUUGGGGCUAGUACCAUGGAUCGAAAAAUAAGAGCUACAGUUUUACUCGGAAAUAACAAGUCAAUACAUGGUGAAUCUUUAUACCAACCAAAGAAUUUCCACCAAAAGCUUAUGCCUCUUGUUUAUCCCGGUGGAAUAAAGGGUGACGAAAAAGCAAGAACUUGCAGUUCACUGAAUGAUCAAGAUGUAAAGGGCAAGGUUGUAUUGUGUGAUAUGGGUGGUGGGACCGUACCAGUUACAAAGGGAAAGGUAGUGAAGGGCACCGGAGGAUCUGCCAUGAUUUUAGUAAAUAGUGUUACUAGAUCUGGGACAACUGAACCAGAGUUUCAUGUUCUUCCUACAUCACAAGUCAGUCAUAAGGAAGGAGAUGAGAUUAAAAGAUAUAUUAAUAAAACAAAAUCUCCUGAAGCAAGAAUUAUUCUUAGUGGAACUGUACUCAACAUAAAAUCGGCUCCAGAGGUGGGGUAUUUCUCUUCAAGAGGGCCUAACAUUGCAAGUCCUGGGAUCCUAAAACCAGACAUUAUUGGACCCGGUGUUAACAUUCUUGCAGCUUGGCCACACUCAGUGGAGAGCAAGCAGACGGAAACAAAAGCAAAGUAUAAUAUGAUAAGUGGCACGUCAAUGGCUUGCCCUCAUCUCUCUGGCAUAGCAGCAUUAUUGAAAAGCACACAUCCAGAUUGGUCUCCUGCCGCAAUUAAGUCAGCAAUCAUGACAACAGCAAGUCAAGUAAACCAAGAUGGCAAACCAAUUGUGGAUGAAAAAGAUCUUCCUGCAGACAUAUUUGCAAUUGGUGCAGGUCAUGUGAACCCAACAAAAGCCAAUGACCCGGGACUUAUUUUUGACAUUCAACCUGAUGACUACAUUCCGUAUUUGUGUGGGUUAAACUAUACAAACGAUCAAAUUAAAAUAAUCGUUAAAAAAAACUUCUCCUGUGAUAAGAGUAUACCAGAGGAAGAGUUAAACUAUCCAUCUGUUGUUGUUACACUAAAAAAAGGUGACAGGAAAACAAUCUCACGGACGGUAACUAAUGUAGGUGUCCCAAAUUCAAGCUAUGAAGUCAAGGAUGUUUCUCUUCCUCCUGGUGUACGUUUAAAUAUCUCAAUUACUUCUCCAGGUCUCGUCUUCACAGCUAUGAACCAGAGUAUAACAUACAAAUUACAUUUUAGUCGUAGUACUGAUGCAGAUAAUUUGAAAGAUCCAUAUGGUAAAGGAUUCAUCACUUGGGUUUCAGGAAAAUAUUCUGUUAGAACCCCAUUUGCGUUCAAGUUCGACUGA